GCAUGUUUGACCGCAGCGUCACCCUGCUGGAGGUGUGUGGCAGCUGGCCUGAGAGUUUCGGACUGCGUCACAUGCCCUCUGUGGAAGCCACUGAAGAGGGCCUGAAGGAGAGGCUGGCGGACGCCAUGUCAGAGUCGCCCAGCAGAGACAUUGUGGGAUCUGGAACAGCAGAGCUCCAGCGUGAGGGAAGCAUUGAGACUCUCAGCAACAGCUCGGGCUCCACCAGCGGCAGUAUUCCUAGAAACUUUGAGGGCUACCGAUCACCUCUGCCCACCAACGAAAGCCAGCCCCUCAGCCUGUACCCCACAGCAUUCCCCUGAGCCAACCCAAGCCUGCAGACCAUCUCCACGAUUUCCCACCAUCCGGUAUAUUGCUUUAAUGAGCCCGGGCAUGCAGGAAGAGCAGCUCAACCUGAAUAUCCUUUAUCAGUCGUUGAAGUAUCCUCCACCUGAGUGUGUGUAUGUGUGUGUGUUAAGCUUGACAGGACGUGUGCGAGAGAAAUUCACACUUUUCUCAAAGAUGUGUCAUAUUAUCAAUAAUAUCAAUGGAACUUCCAGUGCGAGUGUGUGAUGGAGAGAGAGAAAGAGAGUGUGUUCUUUAGAUAUGAGUCUUGAUUACCUCUGUUAUUGAGUUCUAAGCGUGAUGCUGAUUAUUAUUAUAAUUCUGAAAAUAGUGUUUGAUUAUGUUUUAGUAGACGUACCGUAGUUUGAAUUGACUUUUAUAAGUAGUCAAAAUUGAUUGUUUACCAUUUAGUCUUGCAUUACACUGUAGUGUUGAUAAUUCUGCACAUUAUUUUCUGUAUAUUUGUUUAGGUUUUUUUUAAAUAAGUGUUUUAAACAUCAUCUGUUUCGUCAACCCAGUCACACGGGAAAAUUUGACUACAGCUAUGGUGGAAAAAUCAAGAGAGUACUUGAAAAUUCUUAAUUCUUGAAUUGACAGUUUAGUUAUGCUUUAGAGUAAAAUCGAAGUGUCAUUAUUAUAUUAUUAUUAUUAUUAUUAUGUAAGAUAACAAAAUUGAGUAAUGUUAAAUGUCUAAUGUAACUUUUUCGAAUGCAAAUGUUGCCAUUUAGACAAUUUUUGCAUGUAAUAACAGAAAAAAUUGCCUGUUUUUUUUUUUAAGACUUAUUUGCAUUCAUAUUCAGUCAACACAAUAGCAAGAUUUGACCAGUUCAAGAGAUCUUUCACUCAAAAAUGAAAAGUCUGUCCUCCUCAACUUGUCCGGAACAUGUUUCUUUCUUCUGUUGAACAGCAACGGAAGAAUGUUGGAAAGCAGCAACCAUUAACCCUUUUAUUUCCUUCUACUUUUUGUGACACAGGUUGUACUUUUUUUGUAGCAGUUGUCAGUGGCUGCUGCUUUCCAACAUUCUUCAGAAUAUCUUGUCAGCAGAAAAAAAGACGUUUAGAAACACUUGAGUGAGAGCUAAUAGCGAGCAAAUCUCCAUUUUUGGGCGAACCAUCCCAUUAAAAAAAAGUAAAGUUUGGUGGAAUACCCCUGAUUUUCAUUUGUUAUUCUGAUCAUUCUGGUCAUUUAUGUUUGAAAUGAGUUAUCAGACCUUUAUAUAAUAAAACAAAUAUAAACAUUUUACUCAAACUGACUUUUCAAGUAAUUUUUUUGUACUUUUUCCAUAGCUAUGUCUUACAUUUUAACAUAUUAGUGGCUAAUUUAUAUGAAAAUGUAUGUCUUUUUUAAACACAGACCUAAAACACAAUACAUAUUCAUACAAAUGAAUCACUAAUUCACCAAAUCAUAAAUAGUAUCUUGGUUUCUAAAAAAAAAAUGAUUUGAUGAAUUCCCUGGAUUCCACUUUUUUUUUUAUAUAUAUAUUACAGAAAAAUAUGUGUUUUCUUUCAGAAGGGAUUUUUGUUUAUUCAUUUUCUCUGUUUGAUUUACUUUAUUGGAUGUGUGUGAGGCUCAUCCUCAUGAUAAUUCAAUGGAGAAUUGCAUUAUUUAGACGAUUUAUACCAACAGUCUCAAAGUUAAUUCCCGGAGGGCUGCCACUUUGCAUAGUUCAACUCCAACCACCUUCAACUCACUCCUGCUUAAUAGCCUGUAGUAGUCUGAACACCUUGAUCAGUUAGAUCAGCCGUGUUUGAUCAGGGUUAAAGCAAAACUGUGCAGAGCUGCGGCCCUCCAGGAGUCCAGUUUGAGGCCUAUGAUUUACACACUACUCCAAAUUGUGGAAAAUCACCAUAAUCAUCAUUAUAUCAUUUUAUAUUGGCUAAUUGAACUCUUUUGUAUAGCGCUGAACAACUUGCUUGACCGGAUGUAACAUUUUCUAGCAUAAAUAGUAGUUGAUCUGAUAUAAGAAGCAUGAAUCGGGCUGCUCAUCAUCAGCUUGUUUGAAUGCUGACAGAUCAGAGCAUGACCGAAGUCUGUGUCGCAGAAAAGAAAAAGCAAACUUAACGGGGAUGUUCAGCAUUAAAGUUGGCACAUGCUUGUAUGAAUAUGACGGGGUUUUGUAAUAAUACUUUCACAAUGUGAUCUUCAAAUAGGAAUUUAUGCAAGUGAGUUUAACGAGUCAUUUGUGUGUUGCUUAAUAGAUGCAUUCUGACUUUGUCAUUCUUUUCUCUUGUUAUUAACUUACCUUGCUCUCUCCUGAAUAUAUUUCUUAUACUAAAAAUAAAUGCAUUUAAAUGAUGAGAUACAAA